AUGGAAGAAGCGGUAACAAAAAUUGGCCUACGAGCCGACUGUGCCUCAUUGAUAUGGAAUGUUUAUUUGGAUUUCGAAAAGAUGAUCCUGAAUUCGGCAGGUGAUGGGAAUAAUGAAAAUCAGCGCCAACUGGUGGAAUCGAUUUACAGGCGUCUACUCCAAGGGAAGGAAUCUGACAUGUUACGGGCAGCAUUCGAAAAUUCUGCGAAACGAAUGGCUGAUAUUACAGCGUUCGAAGAUCGCCUCGCUGAUGCAGUGGAUUUGGAUGAAAAAUUGUCAAUUUUAAUGGAAUACAUCGAAUUUGAAAUGCAAACAAAAGAUCCGGUAAGAAUUCAGAUGAUGUUUGAAAGGGCUGUUUGUACGUCUGCUGACAAUCCAAAUGCUGCGGUAUGGUUGCAGUAUGGUAACUGGCUGGAUUCUUCACUAAAACUACCACAGGUUUCUGUGGAAGUAUACGCUCGUGCAGUACGCCAUUCUCCAUGCACAGCACUUUGGCAGCAAUACUUUACGGCACUGGAACGCUCGAAUGCCACUGCAGACGAGAUUGAUUCGAAAUGGCCAGAAGCUCGUAGUACAAUAACAACAGCGGACGAGGGCUUAUCACUUUACCGCACAUACAUAUAUUUACUGCGGCGACGUGUAGCGAAAGAAGGUGGUGACGAUUAUGCUGUGGUAUUGGAGAAAUUUGAAGAGGGAACAACGUUUUUGGCUGAAAAAUUUGGAUCUCAUUGGGAUACUCGAAAAAUUUGGAAUGAUAUUUUGGCAUCCGGGAGUGGUCAUCUUGCUGUUGCAUGGCUCGAAGCUGCAAAUCUGGAACGGUACUUUGGUGAACUGAACAAUGCACGCAAGCUGUACUAUCGAGCCAUAAACUCAGCAAGCGAUCAUCCAUUCACGGUGUUUGACGCCCUCAUACAAUUCGAACGAGAAGUCGGUACUCUGCAAGAGUUGGACAAGGCGCUCGAGAAAGUGAAUGCGCAGGCAGCACGAGUUUCGAUGAGGCCACAAAAAAGCAAACCGGAAAAUGACAGUAAAAAACGAAAAAAAGAAAAAAAUGAGGAGAUUGAAGCAAAGAAAAAGAAAAAGGAGGAAGAUCAGGAGCAAAAGCAAGCGACAAACAAUGAGGUCAAUGGAGUUGAAGAACCUGUGAAAUCUCAAAAGAAGGAAGAGGCAUCGAGUAGCAGAAUACAGGUGGAUGACGAUGGUUUUGUUGUUCCACAGCUUCCUGCACAACUGCAAAAACCUGAAGCAGCAGCUUCAAGCCGUACUGCAAAUCCUCCAGAAGAAACAAACGAAGAUACUGCUCAAGCGCGUCACACUGUAUUUGUGUCAAACCUUGAUUUCAAGUUACCCAAAGAGAAACUUGAAGAAAUAUUCACAAAUGCAAAGGAAGUACGGCUGGUUUAUCGUGGAAUGAGCAAACUGCAUAAGGUACGAUUUUUUUUGCUAGUUGUGAUAUAA